UUUGUUUGAAAGAAACUUGAAUUAUAAUGAAUAAUAGCGUUCAUUUUAGCUAUAUAAUUACUUUAAUUAGAAGAUUUUGAAUGUGCCAUUUUUUUGCUGUAGCACUACGCAAUUCCUUAAAAUCGCUUUUUUAGCAAAAAAUAAUUUUAUGCAAAUUAAUAAAUCUUAUUUGAUAAAUCGAUUGAUUUUAGUGACACUCAAUGAAAGUAUACAUGAAUGCAGAUUUUAAAAUCAAUGCAAAAUGGAUAGAGUUUUUCGAAAAAGAUACAGAGCAACCAAGCAAUACUUGUUUUUAUUGAUUUUAAGCAGUUCAAUGGCGGCACUUCAACGAAAAUUGCAUGUUACCUCAAAAAAAGUCUCUCCGGAUGUGGUUAACUCGGUAAUCUCAGCCUACAAAGAUGCUUUUAAAAACUGUUAUAAAAACUUCAAGUAUGAAAGAUGGAACUGCCCGGUUCCUCAAGCGUUCUCCCACAUUAAUACUCCUGUAUCACUCACAUAUACAUACCCUCAUGCAACUAAAGAAACUGCUUAUGUUUAUGCUAUUGUUGCAGCAAGCAUCUUAAAUCGUAUUGUUCGCAAUUGUCGACAAGGAGUUUAUCAAGAUUUGACUUGUGUCAAACACUCUAUAAAUGGUACGCAAAGCAAUCAAGACGAAUCGUUUUCAGUAAAUAUAAGCAAUGCUUUAAAGUUAGUCAAGCGUAUUAUUAAAAUAUUCGAUUACAAGUAUGUGAGAGAUGAGAAAAGAAAAGCAUUUAACUGGAAUAAUUCUGUAAUUGGCUUAAAGGCAUUUACCGAGCGUUUAACAACUGUUUGUAAAUGCCACGGACUCUCCGGCUAUUGUUCAAGUAAAACAUGCUGGAAAUCUUCACUUUCUUCUUUAAAAGAAACAGCCGUCGAAUUAAUGACGCUUUACCAUGGCGCAAAAAAGUACGAAGAACAACACCAACAAUCGGAUCCCAGUACACAGAGCACCAAUGUUAUGAAAAAUUUUAUCUCUAAAGAUGUUCCAAACAGCUCAGUACUUGUUUACUUAACGGAGUCGCCUGACUAUUGCAAAAAGAAUUCUUCAAUAGAAGUACAAGGAACUCUUAAUAGAGAAUGUAACCAUCAUCUAGAUGACAGUUGUAAAAAAUUAUGUUCCAGUUGUGGUUACAGAAAACAUUCGUUUGUAAAGACGAUUGAAAAUAUGCAAUGCAACUGUAAAUUUCGCUGGUGUUGUACAGUAGUUUGUGAAAAAUGUGUAUCGAGACAAAUAUCUUCAAGAUGCUCACUUUCAACACUGAGAUAAAAGUUUAACAAAUAUCUUUUAAAGACAAUGUUUACAAAUAUACUAAUUAUUUAAAACUUAUGUGUCGAGUAAACGUGCAAUCAAAAUCAUUAAAAUUGAAACAAAGUUGACAUUUAAAUUAAUUAUUAUAGGCUUAUCGUAUUUAUUAAAAAUUUAAAUUAUUUUUAUCAGAGAAUUUUAUAUUAUUUUAUAGUCAAAAAAAUGUAUUUAUAUGCAAAUUUUUUUUUCUUUUUGUAUACUGAUAAAAUGUGUUUUUUAAGGGUUUUGGAAAAACUAUAUUAUAUGUAUUAAUGAUAUUAUAUUAUGAUGUAUUUAUGCGUUAGAGAAGAUUGCAAUAUUA